ACAAGAGAUAACCGUGAAUAUGCAUGUAUAUGUGUCUAUAUAUGUGUACACAUUUGCGUGAUUUUUGGAUCGUGCUGUGUGCGCUUCUAUUUUCAAAACUUAUCCCUAUAUAAUUCAAAUGGAGGGUAUUUGCCAGUCGAGCACAUUUGGUUAGAACACUCUUAUUCGCUGUUGUUGUUGUUGUUGUUUUUGUAGGUUUUUGCCAUAGUUGCUCGAGCUACUUUUCAGCCAGACGCGCCUUCUCAGUGCCUUCGUUUUCGUUUUCGUUUUUUUUUUUCGGUUUUUUGUUUUGCUGCAUUCAUUUGCUUUCAAAUAAAUUUCCUUUUCAACAAACGCUGCACGGCAGCUGUCAGCAUCAAAUACAGUCAUAACACACAUACAAUACACACUUACACACAUAUGAGUAAAUAUGAAUGUGUACAGAUGUGUGUCAAACACAUAUGAACACACAUACACAUACAUACAUGCUAAAUGCAUUUCAUUUUAUUUUGUUCCCUGAUUUGGCAUAACUGAACAUUAGAGAAACGAGCAAAUUCUUAGCGUACGAUCGGCUCAUGCCUGUGUGCUUGACAAGGACAGCAAUAUAAUGAAUAAUCGCUAAUGUAGAUCCGUGCAUUUGACAGGGACCACAAUAGUAAAUUAUUGCGAAUAACCAAGUGAACUAAACGUGUGCAACAACAACAACAAUUCGUUCGGUCAAACUGCAAGAAAGCUCAACUCAAAAUGUCUGCAAUUAGCAGCCGCAAUCAAAAAAUGGAACAACAGCGCCAGCUGAUGGACGCCUACAUACGUCAGAAGCGCGCCUCGCCUGGGAUGGUGCAGGCCAGCGAUCUGCAGAUGAGCCGGCCGAUGUCUGGGAUGCGCAGCAAUAGCCGUGAGCUGCACGGGUACGAUGGGCCGAUGCAGUUCAUUGGCUCGCCACACAAUCCAGAUCAGAUAUUGAGCAACAACAGCACAACAGGUGUUCAUCUAACCAGCAGCCUCAACUCGAGUCGCAACAACUCGAACAACUUGCGCAGCCUUAGCACGAUCAAUCAAGAAGACUUAAUCGAGGAGAUCUCGUCGCAUGAGCUGGAGGACGAUGAGAGCAGUCCGGUGACGGUAGUGGAGCAACCGAUUCAGCCACAGAGCGCCAACUCGAUGCAGUCCCAGCGCCUGCGCAGUGGCCAGCAAUCGUUCAACGAGCCGCUGGAUGAAGACGACUAUGCCAAUCGCAACAUAUCGGGCGUGGCCGCAGUGCGUCCCGCCAACAUUGCCUCGCCCUACAAGGACAGCGCCGCCGUCGAGGGCAGCAACGGCACCGCCAACGGCAGCGGCAGCAUCGGCGGCAACGGCGAAUCGGAGGGCGAUGUCAUUGGCAACAUCGAUCAGUUCGUCAUGCAGCCGGCGCCACAGGGUGUGCUCUACAAGUGCCGCAUUACGCGCGAUCGCAAGGGCAUGGAUCGCGGCCUGUUCCCCAUUUACUAUCUGCACUUGGAGCGCGACUAUGGCAAGAAGAUCUUUCUGCUGGGUGGUCGCAAGAGAAAGAAGAGCAAAACAUCCAACUAUAUCGUGAGCUGCGAUCCCACCGAUCUGUCCCGCAAUGCGGAUGGUUUCUGCGGCAAGCUGCGCUCCAAUGUGUUCGGCACAUCCUUCACGGUAUUCGACAGCGGCAACAAGGAGAGCACUGAGAAUCCGCGCCUCGAUCUGGCCGUCAUUAUAUACGACACCAACAUUCUGGGCUUCAAGGGACCGCGCAAUAUGACUGUGAUACUGCCGGGCAUGACUGAGGACGAUCAGCGUGUCAAGAUCAGCUCAGCGGAUCCCAAGCAGCAGGGCAUACUCGACUUGUGGAAGAUGAAGAACAUGGAUAACAUUGUGGAGCUGCACAAUAAGACGCCAGUGUGGAACGAUGAGACCCAAUCGUAUGUGCUCAAUUUUCACGGUCGUGUCACGCAAGCCUCGGUCAAGAACUUUCAGUUGGUGCACGACUCGGAUCCCGAGUAUAUAGUCAUGCAGUUCGGACGCACAUCCGAGGACGUGUUCACCAUGGACUAUCGCUAUCCCCUGUGCGCCAUGCAAGCCUUUGCCAUAGCUCUGAGCAGCUUCGAUGGCAAAAUCGCCUGCGAGUGAAUCAGAUUGUAAAUGGAAGUCAAAUUGGCAUUGAUUGAGAGCGCAGUUACGCAUGCCUUAUUAUGCUCGACUAAGCAUACCCUAACUCUAAUUGAAUGCGGUCGUCGUAGAAUGUAAGAAAUAUGAAGAGAAUAGAGCAGAGAAAAGGAGAAUCUUGUAUCAGACAUAGGCUAUAUAUAAAACAUAUGUUAUUCAGCUGUAUUAAUACAGUGAGUUAUAUAUUAUUUUUCACAAAAUACCCUACAAAGACCAACACCACAACAAAAUACUAUUUCAUUCAAUUUUCAAUACUUUUACCUUAUCCAAAUGCUUCAAACUUUAAACUUUAAACCAAAUUCUGUACUUAAAAAUUCAUAUUUA